AUGAUGAAUCGGCGGCACCAUCAUCAUCAUCAUCAUCAUUAUCGCCACCGUGAUGAUGAUGAUGAUGAUGAAUAUGAUGAUGAUCAUGAUAAUGAUGAUGAUGUAUACGAUGAUGAUGAUGAUGAUGAUGAUGAUGAUGAUGAUGAUGUUGAUGAUGGUGAUGAUGAUGAUGAUGAUGAUGAUGAUGAUGAUGAUGAUGAUGAUGAUGAUGAUGAUGAAAGGAUGAUGAUGAUGAUGAUGAUGAUGAUGAUGAUGAUGAUGAUGAUGAUGAGAAUGCGACUGCCGGUCAGCAAAAUAAAGGACCGGUGCGGGCGCCGCUAA